CCCAGCUGAAAUUUCGUCUGUCCCGAUUUCAAGAACAUUGAGAUAGUUUCGUUUAAUUGAUGAAAUCUUUUACUCCGUAAAGGUGUUUCAACAUCUUGACACUCGAGAAUAAAAUAGAUCUGUGUUAUCUGUUUUAAACGGUAGACGUUAUAGUAGAUGUUACUCAGGUACUGAUGUCGUGUCUCUGUUUCGGAGUCGUUCUUUGAGAUUAUGUAGAAUACUCCUGUCUUUUAAGAAUUAAAUUUUUAGCUUGAAAACGGAGCAUGAAGAGGAUGAUGGGCAUCCUAUUCCGGCAGCUAUUUGAUUCUUCUAGUUGCACCUAUACUUAUUUACUUGCGGAUUCUAAAUGUCGCAGUGCCAUUUUGAUUGAUCCUGUAAUUGAGCAAGUUAAGAGAGAUGUAAAAUUGGUAGAAGAGCUGAAAUUAAAACUUUUAUAUGCUGCAAACACUCACGUGCAUGCUGAUCACAUCACAGGCACUGGAGAGAUAAAGAAACUAUUGCCAGACUGUCAAAGUGUAAUAUCUCGGGCAUCUGGCGCCCAGGCUGAUAAAUAUCUGGAGCCAAGGGACAUGUUGGAAAUUGGUGAUAUUCGCUUAGAAGUACGACCCACCCCAGGCCAUACAGACGGUUGUGUAACUUAUGUUUGUCACGAAGCAAAGAUGGCAUUUACAGGGGAUGCCUUACUUUACAGAGGCUGUGGCAGAACAGAUUUUCAGCAGGGUGAUUCUUCUAAACUUUAUGAUUCCAUUCACAAAGAAAUUUUUAGUUUGCCAGAGGAUUAUUUACUUUAUCCAGCUCAUGAUUAUAAAGGAAAUACUGUUACAUCAGUUUGGGAGGAAAAGAGGUAUAAUGCACGUCUAACCAAAAGCAAGGAGGAGUUCAUAGAAAUAAUGAAAAACUUAAACCUUGCACGUCCAAAAAUGAUUGAUAAAGCUGUGCCUGCCAAUAUGGUCUGUGGCUAUAUCCAUGAAAUCAUUGGAUGAAAAAUUCCAUUUUUACAACCUACAUCUCUCCUUUCCAAAUUCGGCUUAAAAUUGCAUAUACUUGUAUUAAAUAUUAAAUCUUGGCCUAUAGCAUAGCUGCAACUCUCUCCAUUUUUCUUCACAUUUCUCGGUCUCUCUGUAGAUCACUGAAUCUUCUGAUUUUUUAAUUUUUAGCAUUUGCUAAAGGAAACCUUUCUCUGCAAUGAAUGAACUAUAUUGAAUUAAUGGAACUUCAGUUGUAAAAAUUUUAUUCCCUCAUUUUUUAUGAUUUUUAGUGUCAUUUUUCUCCUUAAAUUUCGUGUGAUCUGAAAUGUUUUAAUCUUCUGUAGAUAUAAGUGUAGAAAUUUUUAUAAAGAUUUAACCAAUAUUUGAUCACUUGGUAUUUGUAUUUAUUUUUUUCAUCAUCAAUAAAUAGUACCUUACAAAGUUUUUAUACAUAAUAUAGUGCAAUAGUAUGUGCAUUAGUUAUUAAUUUCAUUUUCUUAAUAUAUAAAUGUAUUUUGAUAAAUAAAAUCUUUCCUUCUGAAUGUAGGACUUUUCAGUAUAAAAGAUAAUAAAAUUACAAAACAAAGUUAGCCAAAGAGCAUAAAAUUUAGAAUAUCUAAUAAAAUAUUAAUAUAUUUAACAUCAGAAUCACUUUUUAAAUAAUUCAGUAACACGAAUCUCGCAUUACAAAGUAAAUUUAAGUCAGAUUGAAUUUCUUUUUAAAUCGCAUUGCCUCAUAGUGUUAAAAAUCUCUUGGAAACUCCUGGUUUUCAUGUGAAAAGUUUCCUUUUUUCCCUAAUUCAAAUUGGCAGCUAUGUUAUAGUCAUAUUCAAGUGUCUAGUUGUGCAAUAUAUUCCAGUGAUACAAAGCAAUUUUUGAUAAACUGUUUAGUAUUUUGAAUAAAAAUAUUUAUAUGUUGUUA